GAGAGGGGGGGGGACACGAAGCGAGCGAGCGAGUGGAAACAGAAGAAAGUGAGAGAGAGAGAGAAAGAGAGGGAGAGAGAGAGAGAGAGGCAGAGCUGGCAUCGGUACUUUAGUUCCUUUUCAGCAGCUCCACGUUUGUGGACCGAGGAGGACGAUGAGGAUGAUGAAGAUGUGGAGGAGGAAUCGAACCUGCGACACGGCCACUCCGCUCGGGCUGUGAACGUUCACACAUUCCGUGGCUCCGGCUCGACUCCGGACAGACUCCGACCUGCGGAUCGUCCCCGUCCCUCCGCCCCUCCGGGACACCCGGGGCAACUUUCUACUCGCAUCCCGAAAAAAAAAAAAAACAACCACACAAAGUUUUUCCCGGGACAACGUGCACGACCGGACACGCACGCUCGGAGCUUAACGGAGCUUUUACCAGAUUUUUUUUUUUUUUUUAACCACAACUUCACCAGCCACCGAGUUCCGGGCCGGCUGUUCCCCCCAACGAGCCUCCUGUGAGAACAGCACCGGGGGAGGGAGUGGGGUGUCACGGCUAACUGUGCUAACGGCUAGCUAGCUCCACAGGCUAACCACCGUGCAAAGUUACCAGUCCGCCGGGGAGGGGGGGGAGAAAGUGACGGCCACGAAGAAGAAGAUGAAGACCCAGGGAGACUCGGGGUUUGCUUUUCCCGAAUGGGCCUACAAGCCCGAGUCCAGCCCGGGCUCCCGGCAGAUCCAGCUGUGGCACUUCAUCCUGGAGCUGCUGAGGAAAGAGGAGUGCCAUGACGUCAUCGCCUGGCAGGGGGACUACGGCGAGUUCGUCAUCAAGGACCCGGACGAGGUGGCCCGGCUGUGGGGGGCCAGGAAGUGUAAACCACAGAUGAACUAUGACAAGCUCAGCCGAGCACUGAGAUACUACUACAACAAGAGGAUCCUCCACAAGACCAAAGGGAAGAGAUUCACCUACAAGUUCAACUUCAACAAACUGGUGCUGGUCAACUACCCGUUCAUCGACAUGGGCACCGGUCGAGGAGUUCCUCAGAGCGCCCCCCCGGUGCCCACAGGAAGCUCCCACUUCCGCUUCCCCCCCCCCACGCCGUCGGACGUGCUCUCCUCCAGCGAGGAGCUGCGGAGCCCGGGGCUGUUCAGCGGCGUGGCGCGGCGCCUGGCCCGCGGCUCGGUGAGCGACUGCAGCGACGGCACCUCCACCAACUCCGAGCUGGAGGAGGGGCUGGGGGGGGCCGAGGAGCGCGGCGGGGGUCCGGAGAGGGCCUUCAGGGGUCUGCUGCCCCCCCACCGCAUGCCCCACGACUCCCUCUUCAGGAUCUACCCCAACCCAGGAGGGCUCUCCAGACCCAGGGUCCACCCGGACUCCCUGUCCCCCUUCCCCGUGUCCCCCCUGCCCGGCCCCGGGGGUCUCAUGGGCCAGAACCUGUCCCCGGCUCUGUCCAUGACCCCCACCCCCCACAUGCCCUACACCCCCUCCCCCUCCAUGUCCUCCCCCAUGAUGGGCUCCCACUUCUCCUUCAACCCCGAGGACAUGAAGCACUACCUGCAGGCGCACACGCAGUCGGUCUACAACUACCACCUCAGCCCCCGGGCCUUCUUCCACUACCCCCCCAUCCUCAUCCCCCAGCCGCACCGGCCCACCCUGGAGAAGCCCCCCCACCACCACCUGCACGCGCCCCUGUCGCUGCCUCACCCGCUCGCCCACCACUCAGGAGGCGGAGGAAGGGGGGAGGAGGAGGGGCCGCCGCCACCGCUGCACCCGUCUCCGUUCAAGUUCAAGCUGCAGCCCCCCCCACUGGGGCGCAAGCAGAAGGACUCGGGCAGCUCCAUGGCGUCUGCUUGCUCCUCCUCCUCCUCCUCCAGCCAGGCGUCCUCGUUCCCCAGCGCCGGGCAGAUGAACAACGCCCUCCUGGCGGCUCCGCCUCCAAAGAUCAAGGUGGAGCCGAUCUCUGACAUCGAGUCGGAGGAGGAGGUGGAGGUGACCGACAUCAGUGAGGAAGACGAGCUGGAGAACGACAGAGGACACAUCUUCAUCCCGACUCCUCAUCAUCACCUGCUCAAGAGCCUUCAUCACGCCAACGGGAACGCCAGCUCUGCUCCUCUUCCUCCUCUUCCUCCUCACAGUCACCACCACGACGACGAUGACGACGACGUCUUCAAGACUCCGGCCACGCCCACCAUCGCCAGCGCCGGCCUGGCCUUCCCUCUGAUUGGUCUGAAGAGCGAGCCGGGCCAGGCGGCGCCCAUCAGCCCGGGGGGGACGCUCUGCAUCCCGCUCAAGCUGCGCUUCAAGCGCCGCUGGAGCGAGGACCAGAAGAUGGAGGCGGACGGAGAGAGGGACGAGGCGGAGGACAAGAAAGUGAGGGCGGAGGCGGAUGUGGAGAGGAGAGGAGGGGAGGGAGAAAAUGGGGGAGGACAAGGAGGAGGAGGAGUUAUUUCGGGGUUGAUGCUGCCGCCGCCGCCCACCGGGCGCCGAGCGAGCUCCGAGCUGCAGAGGGCGACGGCUCAGCUGUCCCUGGAAAACCCUGGCUGCUGAGCCUCGU